GCAGGUCCUUGACCGGAAAUGGAUUUUGUAGUGGGAGGGUCCAGGAGGAGUCUGUUCAAGGAACCAGGCUGAAGUUACAGGAAAUCCCACCAUUCCGUGUAGGACAUCAGGAUCUUUGGUGUCCGGAACUGCACGAGGAAGAUCCGGCCGGGUCCUCGGGACCUGAAGUCUCCCGGAGCCGCAGUCUCUGCGCGGGCGGCCUGGGAAAGUCACAGUCACAGCGCAGUGGCGGGAACCGCAGCCCGGCGGCCCUGGAACCUCCCAGGGCUCACUGACCACCCAGACCUGCUCACUUGUGCAGCAGAACAAAGUGGCCUGGAAGGAGAGAGGAGACAGGAGCUAAGGGUCCAGGUAUGGUGGAGACAUUGGUGAAGGAGUGGAAAGGGGAUCAAGAGAAUGUGGAGUGGGACAUGAAAUCAGUUUUACCACAUUCUGUUUCACUAGAAAUAAUUCUGGAGACUCCCAUUGAGAAACAUCUCAGGAUAAUCCUAAUGUAGAUGUGAGAAGACUUUCUACAGAAGAAUUGAUAAUGGAGUCAAAUAAAAUUUUAUUUGACUCUGCAUGGAAGCAACCAUGUAUUCAUUGUUCCUGAAAGAGAAAUUCAAAGAAGAGAAACAGUAGGAAAUGGCUGAUUCUCCAGUAAAUAUGUCGCAGGGUCCUUUGACAUUCAGGGAUGUAGCGGUGGACUUUCCCCAGGAGGAGUGGGAAUGCCUGGACUCUGCUCAGAGGGCUUUGCACAUUGAUGUGAUGUUGGAGAAUUACAACAACCUGGUCUUUGUGGAGAACUAUCAACAUCUGAAGACUGCAAAGGAAUCUUGUCAGUGUACUGACCUUGGGAAAGUGCUUCAUGGCCACUCCAGAUAUGCACUCUAUAGAACAAGUGAAACUACAGAAAACUCUAAUAAACAUACAUGUGGUAACCACAGGGAUGCCUCUACUGACUCAUCAAACCUAGAUAGACAUGAAAGCAUGCCCAGAAGAGAAGAACCUUGCAUAUCUGAAGACCAUGAGAAAUCUUUAAAUUUGUGUUACAUCAUUACUCAAGAUCAAAGAUUCUACACUGCAAAGAAAGAGCAUAGGCAGGAAGAAUAUCAUGACCAUUUUGCCUCUGCAUAUAGUCUUUUGCAACAAGCAAUUCGAGAGACACCACACCAAUGUGGGAAAUGCAGGAAAUGCUUCAAGGCUGCCUCAUACCUCACUGAACAUGAGAGAAUUCAUACUGGAAUUAAACCCCAUAAGUGCAAUGUUUGUGAAACAUCCUUUACCCAGCUUUCAAGUCUUGAUAUACAUCUAAGACUUCAUACUGGGGAGAAUCCUUACAGAUGCAAAGAAUGUGGAAAGUCAUUUCGUCAGUUGUCAGCACUUCAUAGCCAUCAGAAGUUGCAUAAUGGAGAGAAACCUUACAAAUAUAAGGAAUAUGACAAAUCCCUUUCCCACUCUUCCACUCUCAAGAAACAUCAGAAAAUGCAUGUUGUUGAGAGACAUUAUAUUUGUCAAGAAUGUGGCAAAGUCUCUCAUCAUCCUUCACACUUUAAAGAUCAUUCCAGAGUCCAUACUGGAGAGAAGCCUUUCAAAUGCAAUGAGUGUGGCAGAUCCUUUCCCCACUAUUCAUCAUUGAGUAGGCAUAGGAAAACUCAUUAUCCAGAGCAAUUAGACAAAUGUAAAGAAUGUGGUAAGUCCUUUCUUGAAUUAUCACAUCUUAAAACUCAUUACAGAAUCCAUACUGGUGAAAAGCCUUUCAAAUGUAAGGUAUGUGACAAAUCCUUUACCCAGCACUCAACCCUUAAAACACACCAGAGUGUUCACACUGGGGAGAAGCCUUACAAAUGUAAGGAAUGUGACAAGUCUUAUACUAGAUACUCAUCUCUUAGGGCACAUCAGAAAAUUCAUACUGUAGAGAAACCUCACAAAUGCAAAAACUGUGAAAUAUCCUUUAUUGAUCUAACAAGUCUUAUAAAACAUCUAGGAGUUCAUACUGGAGAGAGACCAUACAGAUGUAAGGAAUGUGGCAAAUCCUUUACCAGUUUCACAGUUCUUAAAAGACAUCAGAUAGUUCAUACUGGGGAGAAACCUUACAAAUGUAUGGAAUGUGACAAGUCCUUUACCCAGGAGUCAAAUCUUAGAAGACAUCAGAGAGUUCAUACUGGAGAGAGACCUUUAAGUUGUAAAGAAUGUAACAAAUCUUUUACUAGGUGGUCCUACCUCAGAGCACAUCAGAAAAUUCAUAAUGGAGAGAAACCAUACAAAUGCAAAGACUGACACAUCCUUUAUCCUGAUUUUGAGUUUUAGAAGACUUUAGAAAAUUCAUACUGGAUAGAAACAUACCAUUGUAAAUAAUGUGUCAUAGCAUUUUCCAGUAUUAUCUGCUUUCAAAUCACAACAGUAUAUAAAAUAGAAACAUUAAGUUCACAAACUUGUAAAAGUCUUUAAUGAAGGUUUACCUCUUAAACAAUAUCUUAGAGUUUAUAUUAAAAUUAAAUUCUGCAAAUGUAACAGUGGGAAAAGCUUUCUAUUUCUUUUAAUGUGUAUGCGUGCUUUGCCUGCAAGUGUGACUAACAAAUAUAGAAUAGACAGGAUAUCUUUUUUAAUUUUACAAAAUACAAAUAGGCUAGAU